GGAUUAGGGAGCUUGGUGAACUCAGCACGCAGGUGUCCAGGUGCAUUCAAAGCGCCCACAGCUGCCCUUUCCCUCCCACUGGAAGCUGCCUGCUUGGUCUCAGCUAGUGGAGGAUGCGGGGUCCCAAGCCAGAACUUCCAAGUACCCCAGUUCCCGACGGUGUGGCUGUGGAUAAGAGAGUCUCCCCAGGACUCCCAGAGAAGCCCCAGGGUCUGGGCACACCCCCGGGGCUGGAGGAGGCUCUGAGCACACUGGGGCUAGAGGGAGAACGCGAGUACGCUGGGGACAUCUUUGCUGCGGUCAUGGUGUGCGGCGCGCUGCCCGGGAGGGCCCUGUCCCGCACCGUCACCCCCGAGAUGCGCGCGCUGGUGGUGGACUGGCUGGUCCAGGUGCACGAAUACCUGCGCCUGGCAGGGGACACGCUUUACCUGGCCGUACACCUGCUUGACUCCUACCUGCGCACGGGCCGAGUGCGCCUGCGCCGCUUGCAGCUGCUGGGCGUGGCCUGUCUGUUCCUGGCUUGCAAAAUAGAAGAGUGCGUGCUCCCCGAGCCUGCUUUCCUGUGUCUCCUGAGUGCUGGCUCCUUCUCUCGUGUGGAGCUGCUGCGCGCCGAGCGCCGCAUCCUGAGCCGCUUGGAUUUUCGGCUGCAUCAUCCGGGUCCCUUGCUGUGCCUUCACCUGCUCGCGGCAUUGGCCAGGAGCGACGCCCAGGUGAUACUUCUUGCUACCUACUUCCUGGAGCUGUCCUUGCUGGAGGCUGAGGCCGCGGCGUGGGAACCUGGGCGUCGAGCUGCUGGGGCUCUGAACCUGGCCUACCGCGUGCUGGAAGGGGCAGGCUCCAGGCCUGUACCUGCGCUUUACAGCCCUGCAGAGCUGGACCCCCUUGAGCCGUGCAUGGUUCGAGCCGCGCUCCGAGGUCCUGCGGCAGGUCGUGCUGCUGUGUUCCUCAAGUAUGCGCGGCCGCAGCUCCAGGGCACUAGCCUCACAGCUGCCCGUCUCCUCCUGAGUCGCCAGUCUGCGGCUCCCCGCGCGCCCUAACCUGCUACCAACCAACCGGAAACCCAGUGUGCGCGCCUCCCUCCUCCCCAGAAGAGGUUCAUUUUAUUCUGCGCGCUCUCUGCUCUCAUUGGUCACAUCGUAGUCCCGCUCUCGGUUUUGAUUGGUCCUUUCCUAAGCCUCUCAUCUCUCCGAUUGGAUAUUCUUACCAAGGCCAUUUAUUACGUCUAUAAGGGAAAUUUUAAAGUCUUCCAAGAGGGGGCGCUGGCGGACUUCCCCAGCACCCCUCAUCAAGAUGAAUGAGAAGGAAUUUCCAAGGAUGGGAAUUGGGAAGGCAGGGAUCCCUCCUAGUUAUGAGGAAUGCUGCCUCAACCUUACCAGGUUUUCUGAUUUUACUCAAGUAAAUCUGAAGGUCUGCAAUUUCGUAAACGCUCUGUAUUUAUACUAUGUCACCUAAUUCAAUAUUUUUAAUGGUUGUGUAGAUCUUCAGUUUGUAAGUCUUUGAUAGGGAGUUCAAUAAAUGAAGUCUAAUCUACUUAACCCCUGAAGUGCCACAGUGACCAUAAGUAUAUCAGCAUCCUCACAGUGGUGGUGAGGAUGGGCUUUUUAUGUUAUUAUCCUUUCUUUAUUUUUUUAUUUGCAUAAGUUUGUUGUAAAAGGGAGGUUUCACUAUAACAUUUCCAUGCAUACAUACCAUGUAUGAUCAACUCUAUUGUCUCUUCCUCAAAGGGUGUGGUUUAAUGUGCAUAUCAAGCUUUAAGACAACACUGACAUGUAGUAGGUAUUAUAAAAUCUCAGCACUGGCUGGGCCAAUGGCCCAUGCCUAUAAUCCUAGCUACUCAGGAGGCUGAGACCUGAGGAUCACAGUUCAAAG